AUGGUUUGUCUUACAGGAUUGGAAGUCUUCUGUGAUGAUCCUGUCUUAGUAAAGACUGUGGAAUCACAGACAUGCUCCAAGAUAUUUGCUGUGGAAGUGCUGGAGAGGAGUGAUAUUCCUCUUCUUGUUCUUUAUGACACUUCCGGAGAAGAUGAUAUCAAUAUCAAUGCUACUUGUCUGAAGGCAUUGUAUGACAAGUCCCUUGAACUGCACCUACAGGUUGAUGUACUGUAUACAAAUGUCAGGGUAACCAGUGUGUUUUCAGACGGAAGCUUGUAUUGCCAAGUGCCAUGUAAUGGCUUGUCUAGACUUUCAGAAGUCUUGCAGAAACUAGAAGACUACUUCCAUUACAAGCAGACAUCUGAGUUUAAUGUAUCACUACCUUUCUGUGGCAAAAUCUGCUUGUUUCCUUCCAAAGGAAAAUGGGCACGUGUAGAGAUAAGAAUUAUUCACACUAGACGGGCACUUGAAGUGCAGUUCACAGAUACUGGAAACAUUGCAACUGUAAAAGUAUCAGAGCUUAGAGAAAUCCCACCACAGUUCCUGAGAGAAGUAAUUUCAAUACCUCCUCAGGCUAUAAAAUGCUGCCUAGCAGAUCUGCCUCCUAACACUGGCAUGUGGACUCCAGAUGCUGUACUGCAGCUAAGAGAUGCUGUGAUGAAUUGUCCUGAAUUUAGCCUGAAGGUGGCUAAACAGGAUAGUUCAAAGGGAAUUGCACACAUUUACUUGUUUGCUCCAGAGAAUUUCCCAGACAUGGAUCAUAGCAUCAAUCAAAAGAUCAAAAAUGCAGACUUGUGGAAGCAUCAGAAGGAUGUUUUCUUGAGUGUUACACCCAGUGGAACUAGCUCCACAAAAGUGACAAGUGAUGUUGUUUCAUCUCCACGGUUAACUAGUGGAAAGCUAGAGAAGAGUUUCUCUGAUUCCGCCAGAGAACCCAGCAGCAGUGCAGUGUCUACUAUUGAUAUGCCUCCACCUCUACCCUUAUCAAAGACUGGUGAGCUCAUGGAUGUCUAUGUCUCAGUGGCCUGCCAUCCAGGUCACUUUAUUGUCCAGCCUUGGAAAGAACUACGUAAUCUAGAAGCCCUAAUGGAGGAAAUGACCUUGUACUACAGCAGAGCAGAAGAGAAACCUGUGAACAUUGAAAAAAACAAGCUGUAUGCAGCUAAAAUUGAAAAUCAGUGGUACAGGAUCAUAAUAAAAGGAAUUCUUAGAAAUGGAGUUUUGUCGGUAUAUGAGUUGGACUAUGGUAAACAUGAGUUUGUCAGCAUAGAGAAAGUACAGCCACUCGUGGAUGCGUUUAGAAAACUACCUUUCCAAGCUAUAACAGCUCAGCUUGCAGGAGUGAAAAGUCAGCAGUGGUCAGAAGAAGCAUCAAUAGUGUUUCGGAAUCUUGUAGAGAAGAAACCCUUGGUGGCACAGAUACAGGCAGUUAAUGAAAGCACUAACUCUUGGGAUCGAAAAAUAGUGACUUUUCUAGUGGACACAUCUCUUCCAGAUACUGAUAUAUGGAUUCAUGAUUUUGUGUCUCAGAGUCUUGUGGAAUUUUCCAAGGAUGAUUAA